AUGUCUCCACGUUGGGAACCAGGUCUCAGCCCAGACUGCGUAGGGCUGUACAAUAUAUGGAACGAGGUGGACGAAUACUAUAACCGGGCGCUUGCUUUGUAUAACACCGCAGUGCGAGAACACAUCUCGGUAACGAAGGUUUUGGACAGCGCGGUUGUCCACUGGAAGGGAAUUGAGGCUGGCGCGCCUCAACCUUCGAAUCCACCCACUUCGCAAGACCUUGAGGAUGGAGCACAAUACCGAUCGGACGUGAGGGCCGCAAAGGCUGCCUGGGAGGCUGUCGUGUUGAUGGUAGACAAAGCUCGGGCCAAAAUGGUCCAUGCCGACGAGCAUAGGUACUCUUCGCAGCGAGUUCGCGAUUACGCGUGGGCUGAUUACGAAGCGCAAGCGCAGAAAGAGGUAAAGGAGCGGGAGGAGCACGACCGGCGGAAGAGUGAGAGAUUUUCCUGGGCACGCCCCAAGCCGCAACCAAAGGAGCCUGACGAGUACUGGAUUCCGAAGUACGACUGGAAGAAGCUGUUUGAAGAGGAUCAGGCGAAAAAGGAAGCUCAAUCGGCCCGCCAGGCUGAGCUGAAUCUCAACAGCUACGAGCUGACGCCUCCUGGUCCAGAAGAGAUUGCCCAGUAUAUCUCCAGCCUCGACGCCGCUUUUGAGAACUAUGCUACCCUGGAGAGGUUUCCCAGCCCUCCUGCCUGGACUUGCACUGUCCCCUUCUGUGACGCCCAAAGGAGGGAGCGGGAGCUGGCUGCCUGUAGCCAUCAGAUUGCGUACGUCUUCCGUGGGAGCGAUCUGAAGAAACUAAGAAGGUCCUUUCAUCCCGACCGGUUUUCGGCGAAUCCAAAUGCGCCAGCGAUGCAGAGGCAGGCGCAGGAAGUCUUUGUUGCUCUGGACGCUGAGCAUCAACUGGGCGAAGAAGAAGAUGCAGAUAGUGACUGA